GCGAGCGUGACGCUUUCGCGCCUCGAGCCGGGAGUCUGUUUUAGUGGUAGCUUCGCUGUCGGCCUCACAGGUGUUUGAUCGCUUCUCCGUGCGGGCCAUUACACCCUCCCACAUCCACUGACUUCCGCGAUCACGUCCUCGUGUCUCGUGCUUCCGGCAGUGAACCUGAGGGGACCACCGCGUCGGAUAUCGACGUCGAGUUGCGUCGACGUGCUUCCUCGGGGAGCGCUAGCGGAAUCAGUUUCGCGUUAACGGGUCGCACGAGUAUUCCUUGGAUUGUUGAUUAGAGGAACGACGCGAUAUCGGUCCGAUAUGGUAUCGUGACGCUCUACGAUACUUGAACGAAUGACUGUUUGUCAGACGAGGAAGCAGCAGUCGAUUGUCUAGCGAGUUGGAAGCUGCGAUCUCGUUGAUCCUGUUGAUGCAAAUUGGCACGCUCGGAUUGUGGCCGAGAGGUGUUUAUCACAGGAAUAAAUCAUUCAUACGUCGAUGGGAUUGCGUAAGCCGCAACUGUAACAAUGAUGGAUUUCUCGCGCGAUAUCGCCGAUACUUCGCAGUUCCGGUUCCGAAGUUCCCUCAUGAUACCGCCGCGAUAAGCCUCUCCCACACAGAGUGAUCUCGAUAAUCGCGCGCGUGUUAUGCAUACGUGAAGUGAAAAUUAAGCCAAUUCUGAUACGCCAUGCGGUGACGCGUUCGCUGUACCGGUCGCGGAAUUUCCGAGGAUAUAACACGGCGAACUUCCUUGCCAUUCGAUUGUACUUGUUGCGCAACGAGGGAGUAAGGGGAUAUGCGAGGAUGUUCAAAAAGGCGUCGGCGUUGUGCGCCUGCUAUUAGCCGAUCGAUUGAACUGUCCCACACGCAGUGAUACCGAAAGCGAUGCCUAGUGAUCACGCGAGUGCACGUCGUCACUCCAUUUUACGUCGUCCCUUGAGUGUAUUACGAGCUAGAAGAAGACACCAUAUCCGCUGGUAUGGCUCGACUCGGUGUACUGGUACACCGUGGCAGAGCGAAUAAUGGAUAUGAGAAGAGCAGAGGCUAAGUAGCAGGCUGCAGGUACAGGAACGGAGACGGCGCGAGGGGAAGUUUGGAGAGAGGCGCGCGGCCGACAGAAAGCAAGAGUGAACGCCAGGGGGACAGGCACGGAGGGCGAGCGAAAGGUACGGAAGGGUUGGCGAUUGUGACGAAGUCGCAGAGGGAGAAGUGUGGAGUCGAAAAAUGAGGGAGCACGGUCUGUCGGAUUUGUGGCGGCUGGUGUGGUUGCUCUGUCUCGUCCUGGCGAUGAGCUUAGCGCAAACAUCGCAGGUCUGUCCGUCCCACACCGAGAUCGCGCCCUGUUCCUGCAGCGUGAAGAAAUCCGGCCUGGACAUCGUGUGCGAGAUUACCGAUCUCGGACACAUUUCCAAGGCCAUGGCCGUGCUCAAGGGAAAGACGAACGCCAUAAUAUUCUACCUUAGACUUAGGCACAACAAUUUGCCCAAGCUACAGGGAUACGUAUUCCUUGGGCUCGAUAUACGCCACCUCACCAUCCACAACAGUAGCCUCGCGGUGCUCGAGGAAUCUUCCCUUAGCUCCAUUGGAACGAAAUUGACACAGCUGGAUCUCUCCCAAAAUUCGCUGACUACCGUCCCAACUAUCGCGUUGCGAGACCUCCACCACCUACUGAUUUUGAAUUUGAACCGUAACAAAAUAACAGCCAUCCACGGCAAGGCUUUCGAAGGUCUCGACACACUUGAAAUCCUCACUCUUUACGAGAAUAAGAUCUCCAGCAUAGAAGCAGAUGCGUUCAAAGGACUUGAUAACCGGAAACUCAAGAGGCUUAAUUUAGGCGGUAACGAACUCACGAGCAUUCCAACUCAGGCUUUAUCUUCGUUAGAACUCUUGAAGAAAUUAGAAAUGCAAGAAAAUCGCAUAUCAAGCAUACAAGAAGGAGAUUUCCAAGGAUUAAAAGCACUCGAUUCAUUAGGAUUGGCGCACAAUCACCUGCGUGAGGUUCCGGGGCGUGUAUUCUCUCACUUGACGCAAUUAAACUCUUUGGAACUCGACGGAAAUCAAAUUACCCACGUGGAUUCUAAUGCAUUCAUUGGUCUUGAGGAAAAUCUGCAAUAUUUGCGACUGGGAGAUAAUAAUUUACAUUCUGUACCGAGUGACGCUCUACGACGCUUGCAUCGGUUACGCCACCUUGAUUUACGGGCAAAUAACAUCACUGUACUUCUGGAGGAUGCUUUCACGGGCUACGGAGAUUCCAUCACUUUCCUUAAUCUGCAGAAAAACUUGAUUAAAGUACUUCCACCUCUGGUAUUCGAGAAUCUCAAUUCGCUAGAAACGUUGAGUUUGCAAAAUAACAAACUCCAGCAUAUUCCAGAAGACGUCACAGAGAAUGUCGUUGACACUCUACGUCACAUCGACAUAACAGACAACCCUUUAAUCUGCGACUGCGAGCUACGAUGGUACUCCGCGUGGCUCGGAAAUCUACGCGACAAGGACGACGAGAUGAUGUCGAAGAAGCGGACGGUCUGUACGAUGGCCUCGGAACAUCGCGAGUACUCCGUGCAGAAUAUCCCGCUUGAUCGGAUGGGCUGCGUGGGCAAGAACGCUGGCAGGAUCUCGUCGUCGGCUACCGGAUGUAAGGUGUACGUUGACGCGACGCUACCGCUCGUCGUUCUUGCCGCCGUCGUAGUGUAAUCUCGCGGGUGUGCGCGAUCUCGCGAUUAGAGUAUCAUCGAUUUUUCGUUACGACGCCAACCGGACGAUUGACGAUUGCGUUUACUGUUAACAUUCUCAUUGAACAUCAUCGUACUUGCUGUUAAACCACAACGAGCUUUCCGUUUCGUUAUUCGGUUCUGUAACGGGUUCGCGACAUGAGAAAGGGCUCCCCGGUGGUUUUCUUUUCGGAGUAAUCGUGGCGCGAUAGCGGAGACACGCCACGAUUCCACGAUGAGUAUGCUAGUCGAUGUGGAGAGCCAGCCUUCUGUGAAGAUUGAAAAUUGAACUUCGUCACGGAUCAUCGCGCACUAAUUUAACAUAUUCACGAUAGACGUAGUCUAUCACGAUAGUCAGUCAGAAGAAUAGCGUGAGAGAACUUUGACGCGAAAAGUCGGCGCACUAUCGUGACAUCAGCUUAUCGAUCGAUCGACCGCCUCGAAUAAUAGAUCUUGUCAAACACCGGUUAACGAAGAAACAAGAGCGUAUUUUCAUUACUGGACGAAUUCUUUAAUUUCAGAGUGAUGGGAAAAAAAAGAUCGAUUCGUUUGGAAAGCCACUUCUUUUAUUUCUCGCAAGGCCCAUUGGAACAGAUCCUAUUUCGAAAAGAUAUGUUGGGCAUAUAUAUAGAUCGUUGCUUUUCUUGUAAAUACACGUCCAUGCGGUGCUAUCGUGCAUAGGGAAUCAUAUAGCGUAUCGCAACAAUCGAUCUUUUAAGAAUACAUAUAAGAAUGCUUUAAAUUCUUCCGGAUAUUCUUGCCGGACACUUUCGCGGUACUUGCUCGUUCAAUUGCCGAAAGAAACAGAAAAACUUUUGUGUCAAUUACUCUCGAGUCGAUUAAACAUGCGUGCUAUUUUAUUGUCUACGAGUUUGCCAAAAUUCUUGGAUUUUAAUCGAAUCGAUAUAUCGAAUUUCCUCGAGAUGCUGUUAAGAAAUGUACCCGUGAUAAUAAAUUGAUUUAUUUUCACAUUUCAAUACUCAUAAAAGUUCAAAGCGUGCGCGACAAGGCAAGCCGAUUUAUUCGGUGUAUUCGAUCAUGAUCGAGAAAAUGUACGAUUUGCGAAAGUACAAUAGUCACGUUAAAAAGAUAUUCCUCAUUGCUAUAAGUCGUUCUAAGAACAUCUAAGAUCGCACUAAAUACCAUGAGCAAUCCUUUCAAUCGCCACGUGUCGAGAUGAUAAUCAGAGACGUUGCACGGCCGUUGGAUAAUGUAACGACAAGCGGUGCGUACAAAGCACACUUGCUAUAUGACGGCGGAUUUAUUCCUGAUAAAAUCACUGUUAUACAUGCAACUCUCAGAUGCUUUACGAUCGAAUUGCACGCAUCCACCGCAAACUCGAUAAUCAUAUGACAAAUAAAUUUACGCUACUUGGUAAUUCGUUAGAUUUCUUUUGUCGAAAAGAGCAAUAGUACAUAUACAAUAGCACGUAUUCCCGCCUUAUUACGCGGUAAUAAGGUGUCAUUCACUCGUACAGUUCGAUAGCAGAGGAUCCGGGCAGUUGCUAAGAUUGAAUGUCGAUCGCACGAUCGAUCGAUGGACCGAAGGAUUCUUGCACGCGAGAAGCGCACGAGUUUUCUUCACCGAAACGUUACAUAUCAGCAUCGUUGCCAAUUAUUUCGUGGUUAUCUGUUAAGCUCGCGGCGCGAGGCGUAGUAUACUCAUUAGCGGAUUCGAGUGGAACGGAAGCAAGUCGCCAGCCGAGCGAUCCCGGACCACUCGUCAUAUACAUAUCAAUACGUUCCUGUCGAACACGGUGCUGCGAAUCGUCGGCAUUUAUCACAAUGCCUGCGUUCUUCUCGUAUGUCACGAUCUUCCGAGACUUCUCAGUUGCCACUCACGAUUCAUUCGGCUUGGAAAUUUGUGGCAAUUAUGUGAACGGAUAAUACUUCGCAUUCAUCAUAAUUAAAUAUCCAGAGAACAGAUUAUCCGGCCUCUUUUGCCUAAAUCACUUAUGAAGUAAAUAGCUCGUUGAUUAAGAAAUUAAAUUAGAAGACGGUAAUUAAGAAAUGAAGUUGGUCAAUUAAAUCCGGAAGAGUGAAAUGAAAUAACGUUUGUGACGGCUGUCCUUUAUCAAUUUUUCCGCUGGAAUGUCUCCGCGCAUAGCGUUGGUCGCUAACAUCUUGAGAUCGCCGCGAUACUUAACUCGAUUCGCAAAGACCCGGCCGCGCAUGAAAUGAGAUAACGACUGCGCUGAUGACACGUAAUACUACCGACGAUGCUCCCAACAGGAAACCGACACUUAUCAGAGCCGGUAGAGCACAAACGCGGUUAUUCAGACGCCUCGUUGCGCCUGCUUUACGACUCGGUUACUCCGCCACCGCCUACGGCUCACGUGUACGUUAAAAUUACAUCAUCUUGUGCAGUAGGAAACGCAUACAGUGUACGCAUCGCGACAAUCGCGUUUCACGAGACCCAGACACGAUCACAGGUGCAUAAUUUCUCGAUAGUCUGCGUACAAAAUAUCGCUCUUCCGCUUCCCUUUGACACACGACGAUAAUAGAGCAUCGUGUACAUACUCGUUCACAUUCGAAAGAUCGUGACGUACGAGAAACGUAUGCUGCGCGUACUUCGCUUGGAAAAAUCGUUCGUGCGUCCAACGACGUGUUGAAACACGACGAACUCGUUUCUCAGCGAAGGUGCAUCGCGCGAGAGACCGAGCGUAAAAAGGAAAGACAGUUCACGGGACGUAGUGCUGAUCACAGUGCUAACGCGGAAAGUAACAUGUGUUUUGCUAUUCGAUACGUAUAAUAAGAAUAAGAUAGAGUUAAGCCUAAGGCAUUAUUCUAAGACGUAUAUACCGCGUAGUGGAGUAUUAAAGACACCGGUAUGCGUUAUACGGCGCGCCCAGCUGGAUUUUUCGAAAGGGAAUUUCGAAGCUAUCAUUUUGAGGGACAUAUCGAUCCUUCGUGCAAUUACCACGGUUCGCUUCGCUGUGUAAAGUAAUAUGCCGAGUACAAUUGCGAUAGAUUUGGCAUAAAUAUAAUAUUUAUCCUUAAUAGAUAUCAAGAUUUAAUUCAAUAAAUAUAAUAUUUCGUCAAUAAUUUCAUGAUAAAAAGUGAUACCAGAGAAAAUAACUUUUGAAUCAUUACAAAAUCGAGACAGAUUUAAUCUUUUAAUAUGAAAUAAAAGCGUCAGAAACCGCUUUUAAAGUUUCAAGGGGAAAGAGAGAUAAAAUCUUUCGUUUAAACGCGUGGUAAUUUAAAAAUAACCAUUAAAUGUUGAAUUCAGCGACGGCAGUCUUAUGGCGAUGCCUUGCAUUUAUUUUGUUGUGCAAAUUUCUAAUUAUUUUAAUUUAAUGUAACACAAUGUCAGUGCUCCGAAAAAAUCAUUCAAUUGAUACAAUACAAUAAUUAGAUAAAUUCACGAGCGAAGAUCUUCUCUUUCGAAUGUGUAGGCAGAGGCGCACGAUGAUAUCACAUACACACGUACACAUAUCAUUUAUACGCCCAAGUUUACUUGUAAGAUAAACUGAUUAAUUAAGUCGGUUUAAAGCUUGACGAAGCUGUAACGACUAAAGAUCGUAUACAUAUCGUGAACGUAUGAGAUUUAAGAGAAUUUAUUUGUUAACAUAUAUAUAUACAUAUAUGUACGUUACAUAUAAUAUAUAUAUUAUUAUGCAUUAUUACGAUCAUAAAAGAUAUAUAUUAUAUACCUAUAUCUCUUAUAUAUACAUAUAUGCACUAGAUGUUUUUUCUAAGAAGUUAUAUCAAUAAUGAUACGAAAUUGCCGAGCACACACUGCUGUUUCAAAUUUACUUUCCGUUUAAAUCAAGAAUAUCCAAUUUUAUCAUUUUGUUUGUAUUUUGCUAUGUUUCAUUUUCAUUACAAAAUAUUCCAAUCGUCAAAGUAAGAAAUGUUUACAAUUGUUUGUAAUUAUAUUGAAUUAGAUAUAAUAAUUACAGAUACGCCAAAUGCGAUUCUCUGCCGGCCCUACAUUUGGCUUAGGAUUUGUACGCGGCAUAUCUGCAUAUUUGAUAUUGAUUUAAUAUUCUCGAUUUUGUCAUUUUUCAUAACUGUGUUCGAACAAUUUAUGAAUAUAUAAUUAUUUAAAAGUCCAUUACGAUUAUUAAAACAGAAAAACGACAGUGUGUGAGCGGCAGUAAGUUACAAAAAAAGUUGAUAGACAAGAAAGUAAAAUUACCGAUAUAUAUAGGAUAAUUGCCUGAGUCAGAAGUUCGGCAUAUACUAUUCGGUAUAUACUACAUCUUUUUCUAGUAUAGCGGAGAAUAUAUGCUGAUAUAAAGAUAAUACUUAUAUAUAAAGUGAGGAGCUUUUUGCAUUUUAUAUUUUAAUCAAUAUUAUUAUUUCCUGUCAAUGUCCUAAAUCGUCGAUCUUGGUCUCCCUACUAUCUCAAGUUUUUUAUAUACCCGCCACUCCAUCUUCUUAACGAAACUACUAUUGGGAAUUCUGAAGCAACUUCCCUAGACUUGCAUCAAGUAUAUAAUCAUUUCUUCACAUGAAAGCUUGAUCCGCCGAAGAACUUCCGGCUCAGGGCGUUAAAACAUAUCUUUAGGGACUUUUAGAGCGAUCAGAACGAACACGGGAACGUACAGCUCGCGCGACUUUAAUCCUCUCGUUGUUGAAUGUCAUCGUGAGAUACACACACUGUUAAGUCGCUCGUGUGCAUUUCAUUACAUAAGCAAGAAUCUUGUACUUGCACAUAAUGCACGUUGGACUACCACAUAUUCUAUAGCUUAUCGAGUAUAAUUAAGGGAAAUUCAUGAAGGAGAGAUUGCCUUGUGUUUGCAGUUCGCGAAUUUUGCGAACGAUAUUCAUUGAUAUAGUGCUUAUCAGCGCUGACGGAGCAUCAGGGAGAGGAUUGCAGAUCGCCGGGCGUCAGGCCCGCAGAACCAUAUCGAGACAUAUCGCAGAGAGCCGGCGUUGGACUCAUCGGACGCGUCGUUUAUUAUUACUAAUUAUUAUAAGCGGAUAUUUUUGUACAGCGUCUUACAAUGUGGUCAGAUCGUUACCGGCGCGCCCGACGGGCACACCCGGCCUCGCUAUUACUUAUUUCUUUAAUAGCGCGUGAUACCCUGAAGACGCAUAGACGCGCAAUAACGUGCGCAAUCAUGACGAUAUCUAUAAUAAUAUGCGUGCGUCAGCGAGACGUAAACGAAAUUACAUCUCGAUGGUCCCAUAUAGGACUCAUCCGCGCGUAAGGACGACAAAUGGAGUUUAACUAUCGAUCGGAGGAUGAUAUAUAUGUUUACCUUGUAAUCUCGGUGCUCGCUCACACGUCGCUUUUUCGCACGACUCGAGAAACCUCGUAUAUGUGUUAACACAUUACCCGGAACCCACGAAACACACACAUACGUACAGAUGCGUGAACACGAACACGAACACAUGAUAAUCUUUACAGAAUGUUUCAUCUCCUUUCUCGUCAUCUUCUCUUUAAGUAAAACGCGAUUGUGUAAUUCUUACGCGUUUACUGGAGAAUCCGUGUGGAAUUAGAUAUAAAGAAAGAUUAAUUAUUUAAUCAAUGUACACGCAUCUACGCCUCUUGGCGUAAAUGCUCUUAGACAAAGGACAUGUGUACACGUACAGCUAAACGGACAUAUGCACACGAGAAAUCACGCCUAAUGUUAUAUCGAUGUUAUAUAUAUUAUUACAACAAUUAUACAGCAUAUACACACACACACACACACACACACACACACACACACACGAUACCCUCACAUACACAUACACGAACUUCGUCUGUAUAUGUCUAUACAUAAUGUUACAUAUAUAUUAUGGUCAUAUAUUAUAUGAUAACUAUUACGUGAUAUAUGUAUGUAUUCUGAAACAUUUUUCUCGUAUCUGCCCGCGACUCCGGGCCUCUACUCAGAUUCUAAUGUCUAUAUGUCAUUGUUUAUUAUGUCGUUAAUGAUUAACGUGUAUAUGUGAAACUUUCAAAUGAAUAAAAAUGACAUAAGC